AUGUCUCCCUCUCCUGCACCCCAGCCUCCUCUACCUGCCAGCUCUAGCAACUUACUUCGUUUUGAUGGAGAUCUUUCACUCGUGCCAAACGGAAACGGAAUCCUGCCGGAACACCUACAAGAUUCCAAUUCCAUAUCUGAACCUUUGGAAAGCAGUGAGCUGGACAGUAUGCGCGCAAGGCUGCAUCAGCUAGGCCUGGCAAGCCCUCGUUCUACCAAUCCCGGUGCUACACUUGUCGAACGUGAGCUCGCGGGCAUGGUCUUACGUCUAGCUUCGAAUUCCGUUCUCCACCCGUCACCUACCCAACUCGCGUUACAAGCCGAGACUAUUGCCGAAUUAACCUCCCAGCGCGAUCUCCUCAUACAAGAAAGGGAGGAGCAGCGGCUGCGUUGGGAAGUCGAACGUCAAGGCUGGGAGAGAAGCGCGGAGGCCUUACUUGGCAAACGGCGUACUGCUGGUGAUGCCGCAGAAAGAGACUACGUGAGUGAAUAA